AUGUUCUUCACCAAGUCCGCUUCGUUCGCGUGCACGCUCGUCCACCAACUGCCCUACUGCCCCACUGUCGCCUACGCCGUCCCGUUGGCCGUCCCUCGUUCCCCGCAGGUCGCAUACACCGCCCCCACCCUUCCCUCUCCCGUCGGCGAGACGAUCGUCUCCGGCAUGUCCAACUUCACGUCCACCCUCACCACCCUCGCCUGCAGCCGCGACGACUACUCCCCGCUCGUGACCUGCACUGACUGCCAGGCCGCGCACCUCCAACCUGACCGGCCCGACGUCCUCCGGCGCGAGCACUUCCGCGCGCGGAACCCGGCGCUGCCCGCGUUCGGGGAGGCGUACGAGGUGCUGCCGCCGUGCCUGGAGGUGCAGUGCAUGUCCCGGCUUUCCUCGGCAAAGUCGGUCAGCCGGGACACCGCCAUUUGCCGAAGGGCUUCAUAUGAUCAAUUAGGCCUCCAGGUCUGGCCAAACCCACCCAAGCAUGUAGCAGCCACCUUCAAGACCUCUGAUAUUUGGAGGUGGGUGUCCGAGGACAGACAUACUGGGGAGCACUGGGGUCCAAUGCAGCCAGGCAGUGGUGCAGGCCCGACACUGCACUAG